AGUUUAAAUGCUCCACGCUUUUCCCCUCCCAAAACCCCUCUCCACAAAAACACCAUGCACUCUCCCUCCUCCAACAAUGGCGUCAAUUUAUACAAAAAGUGCCCCAAUCCCCUUCUCCCCCAAACCCCCGAAACCCAAAACUCUAAACCCUUUCCCCAACCCCGUUCUCCCACAAAUCUCCCCCAAAAAGUCCUCAACACUCUCUUCUCCUACCCCUAACGCCAUUACCACCACCUCCUCCUCCUCCGACCUCAACCUCCACAUCCGCCGCCUAUGCGUCCAUGGCCAUUUACACCAAGCUAUCCUCCUUCUCGACUCCUCUUCUACGGAGGACCCGCUCGAAGAGACCACCUAUGUCGCCCUCCUCAGGCUCUGCGAAUGGAAGCGGGCGGUCGCCGAGGGCUCGCGCGUGUACUCCCACAUCGAUUCCACGAGUGUCCAUCUCACGCUUCGCCUCGGGAACGCGCUGCUGAGCAUGUUUGUUCGGUUUGGGAAUCUCCUUGUUGCGUGGUCAGUGUUCGGUAAAAUGGUUCAAAGAGACGUCUUUUCCUGGAAUGUGAUGGUGGGUGGGUAUGGAAAGGCCGGGUUUAUGGAGGAGGCGUUAGAUUUGUAUCAAAGGAUGAUAUGGGCCGGCAUUGUACCGGAUGUGUACACGUUCCCUUGCGUUCUGAGGAGUUGCGGAGGUAUUCCCGAUCUUAAUCUGGGCAGGGAGGUCCAUGGCCAUGUAGUUCGAUUCGGGUUUGCGUCGGAAACUGAUGUUCUAAACGCUUUGAUUACCAUGUAUGCAAAGUGCGGUGAUUUGGUGAAUGCACGGAAGGUGUUUGAUGAUAUGCCUAAAAGAGAUUGUAUCUCUUGGAAUGCAAUGAUUGCUGGAUAUUUUGAGAACGAGGAGUCUGUUAAAGGGUUAGCAUUGUUUCUCACCAUGCGAAAUCGUUCUAUUGAACCGGACCUUAUGACAAUGACGAGUGUGAUCUCUGCUUAUGGAUCAUUGAGCGAUUGGAGUUUAGGAAAGGAGAUUCAUGGGUAUGCGAUCAAGAAAGAUUUCAUUGCUGACGUUUCAGUCCAUAACGCAUUGAUUCAGAUGUAUUCCAGUCUUGGGAGACUGAGCGAAGCUGAGAAAAUCUUCUCUAGAAUGGAAUUCAAGGAUGUUGUUUCAUGGACCGCGAUGAUUUCUGGUUAUGAGAAAAAUGGUUCCCCGAGUAAGGCUCUGGAAGUCUAUGAAGUAAUGGAAGCCCAAAACAUGAAACCUGAUGAGGUCACAAUAGCUAGUGUACUUGCGGCCUGUGCCUGCUUGGGUCGUUUAGAUAUCGGCAUCAAGUUACACGAACUUGCAAGAAGUAAAGGGCUUGUUCCGUAUACUAUAGUUGGAAAUACUCUUGUCGAUAUGUAUUCAAAGUCUCGAUGCAUCGAUAAAGCCAUUGAAGUAUUCAAGCACAUGCCUGAGAAAGAUGUGAUAUCUUGGAGUUCAAUAAUCUCUGGCUUUCGCAUAAAUCAUAGGAGUUUUGAAGCUUUGAGCUUCUUUCGCCGCAUGCAAGCCAAUGUAAAACCCAACUCUAUCACAUUCAUUGCUGCCCUUUCCGCGUGCGCUGCAGUUGGAGCAUUGAUGUGCGGAAAGGAGAUUCACGCUCAAGCUCUGAGAAAUGGUUUAGGAUCCGAGGGUUAUCUUGCAAAUGCGCUCUUAGACUUGUAUGCUAAGUGUGGAAGGACAAAAUAUGCUUGGUCUCAGUUCAAUAUACAGGAGAAGAAGGACGUGGUAUCUUGGAAUAUCAUGCUUACAGGCUAUGCCGGGCGCGGACAAGGUGAUCUCGCCGUUCAAUUGUUCGAUUGGAUGGUGGAUGCUGGAGUGAAGCCAGAUGAAGUUACAUUUGUUGCUCUCCUUUGUGCUUGUAGUAGGUGUGGAUUGGUUAGUCAAGGUUGGAACUUUUUUAACAGCAUGAGUAAAAACUACUCCAUAGUCCCGAAUUUAAAGCACUAUGCUUGUAUGGUGGACCUUUUGGGACGUGCAGGGCUUUUGGAGGAAGCCCACAGAUUCAUAAAAGAAAUGCCCAUUGAGCCAGAUGCUGCCAUAUGGGGAGCACUGUUGAAUGGAUGCAGAAUACACCGCAAUAUUGAGCUUGGCGAACUUGCUGCUGAGUUCAUAUUUAAUUUGGAGUCGGAAAAAAUUGGAUACUAUAUACUCUUAUGUAACCUAUAUGCUGAUGGGGGAAGAUGGGAUCAAGUGGCUAGAGUUAGAAAGAUGAUGAGAGAUAAGGAAUUAGAGAUUGAUCCCGGAUGCAGUUGGGUUGAGGUUAAAGGAACCGUUCAUGCAUUUCUUAGUGGUGAUGAAUCUCAUCCACAGAUCAAGGAGAUCAAUGCUGUCUUAGGUGGCCUUUACGGUAGGAUUAAAGCAGCGGGUUAUUUUCUUGAGGAUCAAUCGUCGAAUGACCUUGAAGAAUCAAAGAGCGAUAUAUUUUGUGGCCAUAGUGAGAGAUUAGCUGUUUCUUUUGGACUCAUAAAUAGUGUGCCUGGGACGCCGAUUUGGGUUACCAAGAACUUGUAUAUGUGUCAGAGGUGUCAUAGAAUUUUAAAGUUGAUUUCAAAGGUUGUGCGGCGAGAUAUAACAGUGAGGGACACAGAGCAAUUCCACCAUUUUAAAGAUGGGAAGUGUUCUUGUGGAGAUGAGGGUUAUAGGUAAAAAAUAACUAUGAAGGUAUAUAAGAGUUGCUUGUUUCUUUUUCUGUAGCCUCAUGGAUAUCAGGUAAUGAGCCCUCUAUAAUGAAGAUAAUUUUUGGGUCUACAAAAGAGAGUUACAUCAUGCCAUUGAUAGCAAAUGUGAGCAGCGAGACAGUGCAUUGCUGUAGAUAUGUGGUUUGAGCUAAAGGGUAAAGUUUCAUGGAGUAGCUCAAUGUGAUGGAAUUUUACGAGUACAAAGUGGAAAAUAACUCUAAAUAAGCUAUAUGCUGUAGAGUUUAUAAUGGUAUUGCAAUGAUGGGGAACAUAGAUGGCAUUGUAUCAUCAAUUGUCCUGUGAGAUCUUUCUACAUGGACAAAGGGCUAAUAUCUUCUCUUUGAUCUCAUAAUUCUCCUUUAAAAAUUAUCUAUUUAAAGGGGGAUAUAAUCCAGAUUGAUUGAUGCCUUAAGGAUUCUGCUGUUUUCAGGGAAGGAUUUUCAUAUACUAAAGUUGGAUGAUCAUUUUGCUUUAGCAUCGUCAUGGCAUAUUGUGAGUUAGAGAAAGGCCAUAACCUUCUAUUUUUUGCAUGGCAAAUAAAAAUGCAAAGUCCAUUAACUUCUAUUUUUUUGCAUGGCAAGUAAAAAUGCCGAAACAUCAUUAUUGAAACCUCGAAGAUAAGAGUUGCUUUGAGAUGUUUUGAAUCUUUGGUGGCGUCAUCAAAUAUGCGCUCUCAUUCUUCCCAUGCCUUUAUAUUCUGAGAAGUAAUUCAAUUUACUUCUUGAUUCUUUUCUCUUACUGCCUUCGACUCGUCAGCAUGCUGCAACAAGAUAUCUAGAGCUUUUCCUGCAAGCAGAUUCAUUGGGUUCUGCAUCUUCUUUCAUCCAAUCUUGCAGGAAAAGGAGGACAAGUGGAAAUCCUCACCAUUCAUAGUAAUAAGGACCCGAAAGCUCCCUCAUUGAAUGGCACAACUCCACAGUCCACACCAAGGAACCAUCUAUGAGGCACACUAGUAGACGGAAUCUACUAUACCCGAUGGAAACCACUUGCGGAAGGCAGGUCAUUAAAACCCUACUCUUUUUGGUGGAAGAGUAUUCUAAUGACCAGGGAGGUCUUCAAAUGUGGUAUGUCUUUUACAAUUGGGAACGGUCAAAUGGUUAAUUUUUGGACUGAUAUCUGGUGCGAUCGAGCUCCACUGCGAACUUUAUAUCCAUGUAUCUUUGAUAAGAUCACUUCCAAAAACUCUAGACUGAAGGAGUGUUGGGGGAGAAAUGUGGAAGUGGCAUAAGAUUUUGUCAGGAUUCACCCCUUCGACCCCGACAGACAGCGACCAACUAUCAAAUUUCAAGGAGUUGCUUGUUACAAUUUCUCCAAGUAAUUCACAUGACGAAAUAAGAUGGAGGUGAACACAUUCCGAAACGUUCUCGGUCAACUCAGUAUAUAAAUUCCUUACGGACGGUGGAGUCAGAGUUGACAGUCCCGUACGUCUUUGGAAGAUUAGAUUCCCUCUUAAAGUCAAGAUCUUCGUUUGGCUUGUGCUGAAAAACAAGGUGCUUAUCAGGGAUAACCUUCUCAAAAGGGGCUGGAAUAGAGAUAAAAAUUAUGUUUUAUGUCUAGAUGAGGAGACUGUAGAUCAUCUCUUCUCUGGCUGCGCCUACACAACAGCUUUACUGAAAGAUUUGCUACCUAAUAAACUAAUCUUUAACAAUCGCCAUUCCGCGAAGAAGAUUUGGGAAAAAAGUAGUGCCAAAAAGGGCGCACAGGGGAUAUAGAAAUGUUAACCAUCGUUGCAACGUGGUGAGUAUUAUGGUUGGAGCGCAACAAAAUAAUUUUUCAGCAAUCAAGACGGGUGCUAAGGAGUCUGUUUUUGGAGAUCAGAGUGCUUAGAGACUCGUAGAAUCGUUCAUGUAGUUGAUAUGUGAUAUUUUUGUUUUUCUUUUUGGUUUUCUUUCUCUUUUCUUCUUUUCUUUUCUCUUUUGUCUUUCUUUUGUUUUUCUCGUACCUUGAGUUUGUCUUUUUUUUUUUCCUCUUUUUUUCCUCUCGAGGCUCUGGAUGUCUCAAUCUGUAGCUAGGUUCACUCCCUAGUUGAAUGAAGCGGUAGCAUGCUGCUACCUUUUCUCGAAAAAAAAAGGGUAAGGGCAUGUUUGGAGGGAUGAAAUUAAAAUAUAAUGAAACUCAUGUGCAGCGACGUUAAAUUUA